AAAUACGUGUAUACAUGCCGUAUAUUACGCUAGAUACAAAAAUAUAAACAGUGAAAAUACAUACUAAACAAAGGGUUCGCCCACUAUUUUGACGUGUUUCACUUGCGACGCAUGUAUUGAUGUGUCGUCAACAUUGUUGCUUGAGUCAUCCUUUGGGAGAUUUUGGAGUGACAUCAUGUUUCAUGGCAUACCUGCCUCAGGAGGAAUGGGAGGAGCCCCAGCCAAUAAACCAGAGUUGUAUGAAGAAGUGAAGCUGUAUAAAAAUGCCAGAGAAAGAGAAAAGUUUGAUAACAUGGCAGAGCUGUUUGCAGUCGUGAAGACCCUCCAAGCUCUUGAGAAGGCAUACAUCAAAGACUGUGUCACUCCAAAUGAAUACACUGCAGCAUGUUCCAGACUACUGGUGCAGUACAAAGCUGCAUUCAAACAGGUCCAGGGCUCUGAUGUGGGAUCCAUUGAUGACUUUUGCAGAAAGUACAGACUUGACUGUCCACUAGCCAUGGAAAGAAUCAAGGAGGACCGACCAAUCACCAUCAAGGAUGACAAGGGCAACCUGAAUCGCUGCAUUGCAGAUAUAGUCUCUCUCUUCAUCACAGUGAUGGAUAAGCUGCGUCUUGAGAUCAGAGCCAUGGAUGAGAUCCAGCCUGACCUGAGGGAGCUGAUGGAGACCAUGAACAGGAUGAGUAACAUGCCCCCAGACUCUGAGGCCAAGGAUAAAGUCAGCCUUUGGCUGACGACUUUGAGCAGCAUGUCUGCCUCUGAUGAACUGGAUGACUCGCAGGUGCGGCAGAUGCUCUUCGACCUGGAGUCUGCCUACAACGCCUUCAAUCGCUUCCUGCACUCCUCCUAGGCCACCCAGCCCCUGUGUGUGCCCUGCCCCUACUCCCCCUUUUCCCCCUCAACACUCUUCUGUUGUUUAACACACCAUCCUAUCUCGAGUAGUGAACAUCCACUCUGGCAAACACCCCCGCUCCCAACACUUGUAAUAAGUAGAUCUUUUAUGAUGCCCCUUUUCCACUUUAACCCCACUUUUGCCACUGUCUUUAUAGUCCUACUGGUUGUACAAUACAGUGUAGCUUUAUACUGUUCUGUCCUGGUUUCAGUACAGUGGUCCCCUGUCUUUGAUGAUGUUGGUGUUUUUUUUUUUUUAAUAUAAGACAUGUAAC